AUGAAUUCACCAAAUGAUAAAUCAAAUUCUGGAUGGUAUAAAUCACUAUGUAGAUAUAUCAAUAGUAUAAAUUCAGUCAAAUCCGAAGUUGAUUCAAACUUAGAGGAACAUUCGGACAGUGAUUCUACCAAAUUUAAGUCUCCUAUUAAAGAUAAUAAAAAGAAUUUUACUUAUUUAACACCAAAAGUAGAUCGUUUAUCGGAUGGAAAAUUUAAAGGUACUGAACCUAGUCUGGAUUACAAAAGUGUUUUCAAAUCAAAUACAAGGAAACGGCCAAUGUUAACACCAUCAACUGAAAUAAAAACAGGACUUGAUAGAAAAUGGCUUAAACUGAAUGAUGAAGUGUACCAAGAUUAUGUACAUGUAGAUACACCCUUUCCAUUUGUAAAGAAUUCUAGAUUAUUGGAUCAUUCAAAUGAUGUUGAAGAAAAUAAUAUAAAAAUUAAACUUAUUGAGGACGAAAAAGAUUUAUUGAGGCGUUCCAUUUCACAUAUUGUUCAUGAAGAAGUUAGGAAAAUUGCUGAUUUAGAUGACAAAGGACCUUUUGGAUGUCUAUCAAAAAGAGCAUCACCUUCAAUGUUUGCUUAUACUGCAUCAAAUCGUUCCAUGAAUGAAAGGAAGAGUCUUUUUACACCAACAAGAGCUCAUCUUCUAGCUACAAACGUAAGUAAAACAAGUUUUUCUAGGUGGAAUAAACCUUUGAAAUUAAAUGGUAAAUCACAUAAUGAUAAUGUUGAAAAAAACGGUGAGAAAGGUGAAGAAAAAAAAACUGUAAAGAGAAAAAAUGUAUUUAGUGCGAACUUUGAUGAUGAAGAGAUUUUUGAACCAAAAAUUUCUAAAAAAGAUGCUAACGAAGAUUCUGUUGUUUUAGUUCAAAAGCCAAAAGUUACGAAUUUGGCUUAUACGUUUUCAAAUCCUUUGAACCGUGGACCUUUGUGUUCAAAAUGUAAAGUUCCUAUAGAAAAUAAAGAAAUUCCUGAUUCUGAAGUUUCAGCUGCAUCAUCACCAGAUUAUUCAAAAGAAGUGACGACAGAAGUAACAUUCCCUAGUAAACCUAAAUCUAAAUUAUGGUCUUGUCAAGCUUGUUAUGUAAACAAUAGUGAAGACAAAAAUGAAUGUGAUUGUUGUAAAACUCCAAAAGGUGAAACAUUACCAGUUUCAGCUCCUUCAAAGGAUUGGAGCUGUCCUGACUGUAUGGUUAAAAACAAAGAAGCAGAUUUGAAAUGUGUCUGUUGUACGGCAGCAAAACCAGGUACAAAAACUGAAGGAAACAAAAAAUGGACAUGUGAAACUUGCUUAGUUCCAAAUGAUGGAGAUAAAGAUAAUUGUGUUUGUUGUGAUACUCCAAGAGCUUCAUCGAAUGUCGUGGCAGAAAAGCCUGCACCAAAAACUCUUAAAGCAACUACGUUUACACCUACAACUGGAAACUUUACAUUUGGCUUUUCAGCUGGUUCCGUUAAAAAUAAUGAAAAUAACUCAAAUAUUUUUGGAACAUUAUCUAAUACUACCACAAAUACAUUUGAAAAUUCUAAUGAUGAAAAUAUAAACAAGGAAAAGGAUAGUGUGGGUGUUUCUAUGCUUAACGGUAAUGGAUUAGCUAGUGAAAAAGAAAGCAACAAAGAAUCAAGCAAUUUCUCUUUUGGUUUAAAACCAGCCGAUUCAACCACAACUGUCUUGAAAUCUCCAAAUACUACAAAUGUAAAUUUAUUUUCAAGCUCAACUGUAGAAACAAAGACAAUAGAUAACACAUCAACAAUAUUUGGUACACCAUCUUCUUCUAAAAAUUCUGGUGUUUCAUCAGUGGUUACUCAACCCGCUACAAAUAAUGAAAAUGAAGUUAAAAACACAGCAUCUUUUUUGGAUAAUUCUACUAAAAAUAGUACUUCAACAAAUUCCUUCUUUGCAACUUCGUUUAAACAACAAAAUCCAACAUCCACUUCUAUUUUUGGCACUCAAAAGCCAAAUGAAUCUACUACAGAAUCAAUAUUUGGAGCUUCAAAACCAGUAGAAACUAGUAGUACAUCUUUAUUUGGCUCUAGCAUAUCAGCUCAACCAAAUAAUGUUUCUGUUGUAGAACCCCCAAAACAAAGCUUAUUUUCUAUGGAGAAAAAAAAUGAAAUCGGUUCAAAUGUACUAUUUGGUACAAAAACAGAAGGAGGAAAUAGUUUAACUUCGCCCUUGUUUGGUUCACAUUCUCAACAACCAAUUAGUAAUACUAAUUCAACAUCACUGUUUGGUUCUGCUGGAAAUAAUGGAACAGCUUCUUCAAGUGGUCUUUUUGGACAAAACGCUAGCUCAUCAGGGACGGCAAACAGCUUAUUCCAGUCACCUUUCUCUCAACCACUAACCAAUAAUGUACCGUCUAAUCCUUUUGGAUCAUCGGUUUCAACAAAUAAUUCAACAACAACUAGUUCUUUUGGUACUUCGGCAUCAACUAAUCAGCAGCCGUCAAGUGGUUUUAAUUUUGGAUUCAAUGAUACAGUCCAAGCAAAUCGUUCAGUAGGAUUUAAUUUUGGUUUACAAACACAAAACAAUUCUACAACUAUGGGAAAUCCAAAUGAAAUUAAAGGCUUUGAUUUUGGUUCAGCACCUCAAUCAUUUGAUUUUGGAAACAGGAGUUCCAGUUUCCAAUUUGGUUCAACAAACCCUGUAGCAAAUGUUUUCUCGUCAUCAUCUCCUGCUUCAAGUGCUGCCCCGUCGCCUAUAGUUGGAAGAAGAAUUGCUCAAGCAAAAAGAAAAGGGGUAAGAAGAAUGUAA